CUUCUUUUACCGCACGAUCUUUCCCCUCCUGAUCGCCUCGCACGAAAAACCCCACCGUCCUUAGCUCGUUGCCCGGUGUUAGUUCAGCUUGGAAGAAACCUCUCUUUCUAGCGGACACUUUGACCCUCUGCCCUCUUUUUCUUCUCUCAAGCUACCUUCCUUCUGAUCUUGGCCGGUCAUAUCUGGCAUUUAGCGAGCCAUGGCUCCUACAGCAGACAUCGACAGCUCGGAAGAUGUCAAUGACUUUCUUCUGCGCAUUCGGGAACUAGGAGAGAAGCGCGAUAAGGAGGAUGAGGAACGCACGAAAAAGUUGGAGGAGGAGAUUUUGCAGGGGCGCAAAGAGAGACAGGCCCGAAGAGCUGAGCGGGCGCGUUCAAUUUCUCCCACAAAAGAUUCCCCGAUUCUUGAUGCGGCUCGGUUGAGCAUAUCCUCGACUCUCAGCCACCGUGCGAUCGAACCUCCCGAACAAUUUGGACCAUCUCUCCAUACCCCGAGUCGGGACUCGGACAGCAGACCCGAAUCCAUUGGGGAUGACACAUCAACAACCACGGACGGCGGCCGGAGAGGAUCCACACUGACCGGAGUCGAUGGCGAAAUACCAUCUAAACCCUUCUCACCUUUGCGGAGUAGAACGGGGACUCUGUCCUGGCAGCAAAGGCCAACAUCCCGUGAUAGCAACAGACAAUUUUUCUCAUCAUCUCCUUCCAGGUGGCGAGCCUUGUCCACAGCUUCGACGGAUGAGCAGAAUGUGAAUCGGAACUCAUCCGCAGCCUCACCCACAUUCAAGGAUGUUUCGUGGGCGCGCCAGACAGAAGGAAGCGUUUCCCCAACCCGCAGCAAACAUGUGGAGGACGAGAGACCACGGACACCGGUUUCCGAAGCCAAUUUCAAGCACCAAGAAGCCGAAAAGGAAUACACCCCAGAACCUAGAAAGGACACCGAUCACAUAGAGAGCGUUGAGGGACGAUCUCGAUCGCCAUCAAGAGCCAGUUCGACCUUUGCAGAAAGUAGUUUGGGCCACCGAUACUCAAGCGUCUCUUCUGUCUCUACCGCGACAGGACUCGGCUCUCCGCUGCCUCUGUUAAGCGCGCAGAAGCUGGAGCCCCGUAAGCCCGAAGAGGUCUUAGAGGAUCAGAUGUCUCUUCCUGCUUCUCCAAGGCGACUUUCUCCGGAACGGUCGACGUCACCGACAAAGGGUCUCGGCGGAUUUGUGCAGAGCGCCAUGAUGAAGCGAUCCGAUAGUGUGUCGAAAAGAUGGAGCGCCCAGCUUCCAUCGGGUCUAAGCCGGCCAAGUUCGGUUGCUAGCAGCCGUAACAGUUUCGUCGGGAAUGAGACCUUUUCAAACUCGCCCUCAUAUAGAUUGAGCCGCGAAGUUCCAAGCCUCUCAUCUCAGCGGCCGACUUCCAGCCAUCGGCCUACAUCGAGUCACCGACCUGGUUCGAGCCAUAGCGAGGCAACUAUCAUAGACCCUGCCAGAGACGGUGGACGACCGCCAACCCCGCCAGUUCCCAUUCCCGAAAAUCACGAGAGCAAUGCACUGAGUGACGAGGGGGCCGCUAGGCCCCCUCUCAGCCUUCACACGCGGUCGGCUAGCUCUGUUGAAAAGGGCCCAGACUCAAGUUCUUUGCCUUCUUCAAGUCCAGUAGUCUCCAGGACCAUGGAUCCUAGGAGAUGGAGUCCUACCAAAGCCAGCUGGUUGGAAAGUGCCUUGAAUCGCCCUCCUGACUCGCCGAAGCACAAGAGGCAGCAGUCCUUUCAACAACCGUCAUGGGUUAGGGAGAGGCAAUUGCGGAGUAGUGUUGAUCUGGGACGGACUUCCAGCUUCAAAGAAGUUACGCCCGUGGGGCUCAUGCGAACGGCUGCUCCGGGCACUCACUCCAAAUCAUCAAGCGUGUCUGGAAUUCCAAACCUCUUCUCUGGACCUGAUAUGGGCAAGGCCAAACCAGAUGAUUUCACCACCAAUCUGUCCUCUACUUUGAAAGAGCCCGGCCUUGAUUUCAUUCCCCAUGGGAACUUUCCAGAGGCCGAGCCAAAAGACAGCGAGCCGGCUGAACCCAAAGAUGAUCAUGCGACAUUCGAACCGCCUGAUGAUGUCCCCGCUAAUGAUGUCCCAACUCCUCCUUCUGAACUGAAGGACAGCGUAGUCGAAAGUCAACUCAAGGACGGACCGAUAUUUUUGCCCAAUGACAGCCAGCCGGCUCACAGCCCCGAAGACAAUGAUCAAGCAGCGCCUCUGGAGGCGAGUGUGGAAGUCCCGCCGCUCGCCACAGCAGAUACAGGAACAGAAGUCGCAGAAGACAGCACUAUGAAGCAUGCAUUGAGAUUGUCGACUCGAAGCCCUAUUACCAAGACCGUACUUGACAUGCCUCUUCCAUCUCCAACUCGCGACCCGCUUCUAAACAGGCCCAAGCCACAACCAGCUGUGAUCGAUUUCCGAGCUAACCUUCGACGCCGCGAAAUUGUCAAAGAUGAAGCGCCUAAAGAGGAGCCAGAAUUCAAGAACGUUUUCGGAAAGCUGAAGAGGGCGGGGGCAUCGACCUAUGUACCCCCCGAUGACUUAAAAGAGAAUAUCUUAAAAGGCAAGGCGGCGCUCAGUACGACGAACGGUCCUCAGAAAUCGCCAAAGAUUGACGACUUGAAAGAAAGCAUACUCAAACAGAAGGAAGCAAUCAAAACUAAUGGGGGCUCAACUAGGCGAAACACUGCCGGAGAAAUGGACGCUCCCAUGAACUUCGUCCCAGAAGCGAUUGCAAAGAGGAACAACUUGACCAAGUCUAUCAGUUCUAGAAGCAAUCUAUCCACCACUGACGCGCCAUCUCCACGCUCGCCACUUUCGCCGCUAUCACCUUAUGAGCCGCCGAUGUCUUUAGAACCCCAGGCUCUGAACCUUUCUCCUAUUCGGCCAGAUACCAAUGUUAGCAACGAAGUGACUCACGAUCUCGAAGAAACCGUCGAACUAUCUGAAACCUCGAAGGCUAGCUUUGACGGACAUCAACUUGGAACAGAGAGCGAAGCAGCUGAAAAGGAGGUCAAUUACAACAAGGUGGAAUCUCCCCUGCACGUCGAAGCGGCUUUGCCGACUCCAGAAGGUCAAGAGGAAGCUCAGGGCCAUAGAGACGUCUCCUCGGCUCGUUCAUCAGUUCAUUCAUCGGUGCGUUCCUCGGUGCAUUCCGUGCAAUCCUCAGUACGGUCGUCGGUGCGUUCUCUGUCUCCGGUGGAACUGGACCAGACUCCACAUGCGCCUGCUGCGGCUGAAAGUACCGCUGCUAAAAGUAAACUUGCAGGCCGAAUCAAUCCUGCCUUAGCAGGACUUCUGUCUCGCGGGCCGCCUACCACUGGCAACGGCCCUGCCACGGGCCUCUCCAUCACUAGCAGCCUCUCAACGGGAAGCUCAGAACAGCAGGAGCCACAAACCCCGGCCCCCCUCACGCACAUGACGAAAGGCCGGGCAAGAGGUCCAAAAAGGCGUCUGCCCAUUGGGGCGGCAUUUGGAUAUAACGAAUUAGCCGUAGCGACAGAGAUUGCGGGGGAACACCCUAAAGAUGGGGUUGCAAAUGAACAAGAUAUCGAGGGGAGACUCGCAGGCGAGAGAAUCAGUGAGGAGAAAAGCCUAGAAGCAGAGAAGCUCGCAGCAGAGAAUCUUUAUAAAGACAAGCUUGCAGAGGAGCAGAAGCUCGCAGAAAAGCAGGCAAGGCUCGCGGAGGAGCAGAGACUUGCUGAGGAGCAGAGACUCAGACUCGCAGAGGAGCAAGCUAAGCUCGCGGAGGAAGAGAAGCAAGCUAGGCUCGCGGAAGAGGAGGCGAGACUCGCUGAAGAGCAGAGACUCGCAGAGGAGCAAGCUAGGCUCGCGGAAGAAGAGGCGAGACUCGCUGAAGAGCAGAGACUCGCAGAGGUGCAAGCUAGGCUCGCAGAAGAGGAGCAAAUCAGGCUCACGGAGAAAGAGGAGCAAGCUAGGCUCGCGGAGGAAGAGGCAAGACUCGCUGAGGAGCAGAGACUUGCAGACGAGAAGCUUGCAGAAGAGACGAUUGCAGAGGGAAAAGUUAAGGCGAGUACUCAGGUUGCAGAUAAUGCAUUGGAUGGCAAAGAACGUCGGUCGCCGUUUCCCGAAUUGGAAAGCCCCAUACUAGGCGCUUCGCAUGUUGAACAAUCCGUGGGCGUCUCGAGUGGUUGGCCACUUCCUGACACGGAGGCCGGUUCCCAUACCUCUACCUCUGUGUCCCUGGAAGAUGCAGGCGCAACCCAGCCUGUUUCGCCAUUAUCUAUUCAUGAGCCUAUAAUGAUCGAAAGAGUUACGCCGCAAUUGGUCGAUCAACAAUCUCUGUCGUUGCCCAAUGCCCACCGGAGCACCGAGCCUCCAACACCACCAAUCCAGGAUUCUCCUCGCUUCGAAGAUAGCAAGAGUACUGGUCUUGUUGCCAGCUUGCGAAGCUCUCUCCUCGGAAAACCCCCUUUGCCUCCGAAAACCGCACCGUUGCCAUCCACCCCUGUGAGGAACGCCCCGACUCACUUUUCGUCACCUUCCCCUUCGCCCUUGAGAACCAGUUUUAAGGAGAACCUGGGCUCAACAUCACCCGCACCGUACCAAAAGCCCGCAUCCUACUUUGCUGCUGUAGGGAUCAAAGGUGCUCCUUCUAGAGACAAAGCCCUACCUUCACCCCCGGUUCCUCCCAAGGGUUCUCGAGCCUCCGUCGAUCGAUUCUCCUCGCCACGAUCAUCAGCUUCGCUUGUCCCUUUGGCUGACGAAUCAUGGGAAGCAAUUUCCACUUUCUUCAGGCCCUUACCUAAAUCAAGCGAUCGCGUGAAUGUCGAUGCUCAGGUGCUGUUGGGGAAAGGCGGCGACGAAACGAAAAUCAGAACCCUCAAACGCCAGAUAUGGGAGAUCACAGGUGAUGGAAAGAAGCAAGAUCUUCCCGUCAAUCAAGAGUAUAUUCUGUACGAGGGAAGCAUGUACUUGUGCGUGCAUAUGUUUGAGGCAGACGGCAACGUGCGUUCUGAGAUCCACCUCUGGUGUGGUGAUGACGUUCCCGAUGCGGCUAUCGACGAUGCCCAGCCCUUCUCUCGACGAAUGGCGAAGGAAAAUGGAUGCAAGCUCGAAAUUAUUAAGCAAGGCAAGGAGCCAGCGCGGUUCAUUCAGGCUUUAGGUGGCAUUCUCAUCACGCGUCGUGGUUCUAGCUCACGAUCCAGUUCCUCUGCUAUUUUCAUGCUCUGCGGACGGAAGCACCUAGGACAGAUGGUGUUCGAUGAAGUGAACUUCUCGCCUAGCAGCCUUUGCUCCGGCUAUCCUUUCGUGAUCUCCGCUAUGUUCGGCAAGUUGUUUCUUUGGAAAGGACUCGGCAGCUCGGCAGAAGAAAUUGGUGCUGCGCGCUUGAUUGGGAUGGAUCUCGGCCUCACGGGUGAAUUCGAGGAAGUAGGUGAAGGAGAAGAGCCAGAGAGCUUCUUUGAAGUCUUCCCGCAGUACGAAAGGACGGCAGAUGAGAAGGGCGCCAAUGACUGGCGACUGAAGCCCAAGCUUGACCGGUAUCGCACGCGACUGCUUCGUGUGGACCAUGAGCUUGGUCAGCAGCGGGCUGGAUUCUGGAUGCGUCGAGCCGGUUCACCCUCCCCAAUUACUCGUCCAAACGAUACCGUGCAAGAGGUGGAUCCAUUUUGUCAGAAGGACAUCAAUGCCAAAGGGAUCUACGUCCUUGACACCUACUUUGAGAUUUAUGUGAUUGUGGGUGAACAAGCCUCAGCCCGCGCAGCUGAAUUCGCUUCAGCGGUCUAUUUUGCGCAUGAAUACAGCAUCCUAGCGGCCUCUUUCCAAGAUCGACCAUUCAUCCCGAAAACCUUCGUCUCCCUCGGCGGAGUUCCCGAGAGCUGUAGCAGUGUAUUCCGCAAGUGGAACACGAGCUCGUGGCAAAGUAUUCCGCAAGUGCUCCCUUUGAACGCGGCAAUCGAGGCGCUUCGCAACCCCUGAAUUCUGACCACCUUUCCUUUCCUUCCGAUAUUCUCAAGAGCAUCAUACCCUGAUUUGUCUUCGGUAUCUCUCUUUCUUCUGUUUCUCUUCCUUUCUUUUCGUUUUGUCUGUCGUUGAUUAUAGCGUCUUUGCAUUUAGAUCGUGCAUAUACUGGUCCGCACCAGAAUGGUUCCUGGCAACAAGGUUUGAGGGGGAAGUGAUGGAGGUGUGAACAUAGAAAGUCUGGACAGUGGAGUGAAAAGGCGACCUUUUUUACGGCAAGUGUGUAUGUGUCAGUGUACAGUAUUAGGUUUAGGUUCAAGUUUUCAAACCAGCUUGGCAUUAUCAGAAGACUGCGUGCUUACUGGUUACUGAGAGAGGAUCAUGAGGCUUGCUUGGAUGCAUCUAUGGUAAUCCUAUUCAACUAAGAGAAGCGUGUAAAUCAAACAUUUUCA